AAGAGUGACUCGUGAUGAGUUCAGAGAAUGAGUGCGCAUGUCACCCUAAUUCUCCUUUCAUUUGUAUCAUUCAUUUGACAGGGCUUUUGGGGAGAAACCAAGGGGAACUACAUCUAUGCACUGCCACGUGAAACUAUUUUUCAAGAAGACAAACCUGGCUGGCUAUGACUGGACAUUUGGAUCCUUUCUGCGCAGAUAUAACUCCGUUUAGUCAAGCUGGCACACAGGGAUGGAAAUGAGCAAGAUUAGGGAGUGUCCAUCCCCUGCAACACUUUUCUUGCUGUGGUUCCUGGUGUCGGUAGCUAAAGGCUGUGAAGAUCUGAACUGUUACGUGGAUUAUAUUGACACUUUAACAUGCAAAUAUGAAAAAACACAAAAGGAACAAUCAGGAAUUUCAUAUAGCCUUAGUGCAAUGUGGACAAGUGAAAACCUAGACAACACCUUCUGCAACCUUGUUCAGUCUGAUGAAUUUGUGUAUUCCUGCAAUGAAAAUAUGGAAUCUUUUGGUGCUGAUGACUUUUAUACAAUUUUCAUAAAUGGAACCAUUCAUGACCAAAUUAAUUCUAGUCAAACAUGUGAACUUUUCUACUUAAGUAAAACAUUUGUACCAAGGGCUCCAUAUAAUCUCAGUGUGCUGAGUUUUGAAAAUUACAAUUUUUCCUGGGAAACUCCCUACAAGAGGGAAAUGCAUUUGCAGGCCAAUGAGCUGGCAUACGAACUCAGCUAUAAGAGAGCCGAUGAAUCUUGGGAGAAGCAGAAGCGGAUCCACAUCUUCGAAGAUGAGAAAAGUGUUGUUCUCCUGCAGUCCUCAUUCCAGGAUGGUGAAAGUUACGUUGCUCGUGUUCGCGCUAAGCCUAAAAACUCUUCCAUCUAUCGGGGUGACUGGAGUGAGUGGAGCAAUACUGUUGAAUGGACAACCAAUGAAGAUCUCAGUGGAAAUAUCUGGAUACCUAAGAACCCAAUAGCCAUUCUGUGUUUAAUCUUUGGAAUUGUAUUAAUCAUCAUAUUGUCCUGUAAGCCUAUAAAAUUGCCACAAAGGUUAUGGAAGAAUGUGUGGGUUUUAGUACCAGACCCUGAACCAUUUUUCAAGCCACUUUACAUGAGGCACCAAGGGAAUUUUAAGAGCUGGCUGGGUUGUCCUUAUGUAACAUUAACACUACCGAUUGAUGUUAGCGUGGCUCAUACAGAAGACCUGGAAAUAUACAGCAGAAACGUGUUUCAGCAUGAAACAAAGCUGGGUAUCAACAAUACUGAUGUGACUGUGAAACUCUUAUUUUCUAAUGGAAACCAGGACUGCAGGAAAUGCAACUGUGACUCAGGGAAAAGGGACACCUCUUUCCAAGGUAUAUCCAUCGAUACCGUUACUGUUUCUGAUGGAGUUACACCGUGUUGCUCUAAGUGCAACACCAUUAGUGGCCUAUUUGAUAACAGCCGCAUUGCAGAUGGAGAGACCAGUGCUGAUGAAGGCUACCCAACACUCAAUGUUGACAGCGGUGGUAGCAACUUUUUGGAUAAUUUUCCAGACAACGGACCACACCCUGAGGUUUCAAGUGACCACUCAUUGGAACAUAGCUUUGAUAUUCCAGAAAACGGCGCAAGACCCAAUCUUUUCGAUUUGAUCUCAAUUCCACCCGAAGAGUGGGAAAUGCAAGCAUCUCCUUCUCAGGAUGAUGAGAAUGUGUUUUACAGUGAUGAAAAUUAUGAUUCGUUGUCACCCAGCUCAGGAAGCAGCAAGGACUUUGGUUAUCCUACGAUCUGCAUGGAUAUGGAUACCAUUGAUAGUGGCUUUGCCGAUUCUGAAUGCGGGAGCCCUGUGGAAAGUGAAUUUGGAAACAGUGAAAACUCACCAAAGAUGCAGAACUUAGAGUCAUACAAUGAACAUGAGGAUGAAUGGCAGAGGAAUUAUGUGAAGCAGUGGGUACCAGUUGGCACCACCAGUGUCAGUGGAAAUUAGUCUGUGUUUAACAGACAAAUGAACAAGGGCUGUAUUAAGUAUCAAUUUUGUAAAAAUAACUGGUCUGCUCCCCAAAUCAUCUCAGUAAUCCUUACAACCUACAGUAUUCAACCACCAUAGUAACCAAAAAAACAACCCAACCUGUAAAGAAAGAAAUGGCACAGAGACAAAAAUUGGUAUUGUGGCGCAAUCGAUUCCCAUUCGUUUUGCAGGAUCUGCCAGGCUCCUGAGUUGGUCUGAAUUGACACCCUUUGACCUGAUUUGUCAUUCUUUAGUAACCCGCUACAACAGAGGAAUUUAAUGGCAGGAAAAAAAGCAAAAAGUUUGUUUUGACCUUCCUUGUCUCACGCACCUAUGGAUCAGCCCACAAAUCAAUCCUUAUGGGGCUUCGUUUGUCACCAUUAUUGCCCUCAGUUCAACAUAUACUGGCACAAAAUUAACUUUUAGGUUGAAAUCUGGUCAGUUUGCAUCUUCUUGUUGCCUUGUGAGAACUUAAUGAACUAUGCUCCAAAACUUUAAAUAGUGAAUCCUUCAUGUCAGAAUAUGAAAAGAUUAUUUAUCAUUUGUUUAAUAGCUAAUCAUUCUGCUUCAGGUAUAUUUCUUUUUGAAUGAUUUUGUUUAGUUAUAGAGAGUUAUCAGCUAAAGUCAUGUUGUAUAUAAUAAAUAUCAAGAAUUCAGUCCAUGA